CAGUUAGCCAGCCUGAGAACUCCAGAGCGCACUUUCGCACUGUCCCUCCGCCGGGACUCGCAUCUCGAGAUCAAGGCACUUUUGCGCGCGGACGAUAUCCGCGAGGGUCUCCAUGGGAUGCUUAGGCAGCGUGUUGAGCGUGAUAUGCUUGUCAUAGAACGGCUUCAAGACGGCAGCGAAGAACGCCUCGACGCCUUCGCUCGAAAAGUCGUCGGAAAUGUACACAGCCCCGAGGAUGGAUUCAAUCACAUCAGAGAACGCCUGGGGGUGGAUAUCAGCGCAGGUAUAUGACAAGGGUGAGGUCAGUCAACCUUCGGUAUAGUGGCCCCCACCCAAUACUGCCCCGGCUGCCGCUUUUCUUGUGCCGCCAGUUCGUAUUCCUCGGCCUCUUUCUGUUUCAGCUGGUUAAUGUAUCUGGUCGUGCUGUCGGCGAGUGGGUCUGCCAGAAGCAGAUGGUUCGACAAGCCACACGUGACCGCGAUUGCUGCUAGCGUCGAGUUUGACACCAUCGCAGCCUGGGUUUCAUCAACACGAUGUGCAAAGACCCCAUGACGGAGUACACACACCUUCAACACGGUCAGGCUACCAGGCCCGAGCGUUGGAUGGCGAUCGAAGAGCAGACGUGUCACCACUACCGGAUUUGAGUCGGAUUGGUCUCUCUAAGAACGAGGAAGAAGAGGCACAUACAAAAGUCGAGCACAGCGUCGCCCAGAAACUCGAGCCGUUCGCUUGACACUCGGCCAGGUCCAGAGAUGGAACCAUGCGUCUGUAGACUUCAACGAGAAGAUAUGGAUAUCUGAAUUUGUGGUUCACAAUCCCCUCAAUCGCCUGUAUCGUAUCGCGAGAGAUCUUUGCUGAGAUCGUCGAGGGAGGGACCAGCACUUUCCGGCCAAAGUCAGACCACUGCGCGACGUCGAGGGGGAGGAUGUUCAUCGCCUGCGCUGCCAUUAUCCCGGCGUCGUUCCCACCAGAAAGAAACGCUGCGCCUAGAAUCGCCUCGCUCACAUCCGCAAUGACCUGAUGCCAUCCGAUUAGAUUAGAUGACCAGAUCAGGACACACGAUUAGAUCUCAUCGCACCUUGUCCCCCAGUCGCCGCCCAGUCACUUUCUUCGGCGUCUGGCCGGAAAUAUGAAAAUGGGGCGGCAGCCACGCCUUGAACGCGAAGGGGAGCGACUGGAUGUACGGCACAAGCCCCGCACUCGCGAAAUGCUCAUUGAGCGCGUGGUUGCUGACCAGGCUCUGGCGCGUGAGAUGCAGCCCUCCCUCCUUGGCAGAAUUGGCGAAUACGUAAGCGUGGACCGAAGCCAGGAGUUUGAGGAAGCUGUCGCCUGUGGAAAUGUCAAUCGGAGACAGUCCGAGAGUUCAGACAGAGAUCGGACCAAGAAACUCCAGUCUGUCAUAAUCAUAUUCCAAUCUCACAGACGGUGCAGUGACCGCCGUAUGAAGCAAGCUGUCGGAGAGCUUGCAGCGGAAAAAGCGAGAGUUGAGCUCUUUCGUGAGCAAGAAUCCAUCAAUAAGCUUGGAGAUGGAUGGAAAGAGAAGCAUCGUGCGGAAUGUGCUUUACCAAAUCUCAACAACAGUGCAGAUCAAACAAGAGGCCGGAGAUACUGACCUAGCAGGCACAGUGAACUUAUGGCACAGUUCGGGGAUAAGGUCUGUUCAAGUCUCAAAUGUCGGCAAGCAAUCGUCAAGAAGAGAGAAUAGGCACAGUGAGGAUAGUUGUCAGCCGGCACCGCAGCAGGCACCGGACUCAGGUAGGACAUUCCGCUGACGACCGAAUCCACUUCAAUGAUCGCUUGGUU